AUGACAACACAUGAACGUGAACGUUUGGAGGCUUGUGUUUAUACGUAUCUGACAGAGAUGGAAAAGAAGUUCAAUCACGAUCCUAAUUCCUUUCAUAUGGAUCCUCCGCCAGAACCUAAACUGGUGAUUCAGGUGGAUGAUGUGGCUAUCCGUCAUGUGCAACUCUCUACUGGCAGUUCAUAUCAGUUUCAGCUAUAUGGAGAUAUCUAUUUGAGUUGGGAGGACACGCGACUUCGUUGGGAUUCAACUGAAUGGAAAGUGGAGACUUUCUACAUACACGAUUCCCACAAAAUCUGGUCACCUAAUCUGAUCGAUCAUAGGUAA